AUAUUUGUCUGCUUUGUCUCUUAAAAGUAAUGUGGGUUUUUAAAAACCACAAAAAUAUAAUCUGAUGCAUGUUUUGAAGCGGUUUGGGUGGUUUUCAAGCCAAGGAGGUAGGAGAGCCACUUCACUCGCCAAGAAGUGUGUGUUUGGUUGGGAAUAAGCUUUGGGGCUUGGGGGAGACAGUCUGCGCCUGCCGAGGCUAAGGUGGCAACUGGGAGCGGCGGCGCGGUUGUCUGUGGGGUACUGCGAUCCCCACUGUGGCGGGCAGGGCAGUUAAAAUAAUGCCCAGGACAACGCCACGAAAUGGAAGUCCAUCCAGAGUGAAGGACGUGGGGACGUCUCUCACAGACUGAAAAGAACACAGCUGGUCUCUCCCGACCCGGGUUCAGCGCCCCACUAUGAUCUCCCAAGUUCCUGGCCCAGCUGAUGGUGUUCCUGAUCAGUUUCAUAAGCUCUGUGUUCUGCGGCCACCUGGGAAAGCUGGAACUGGAUGCUGUCACCCUCGCGAUUGCUGUCAUCAACAUCACGGGUGUUUCCGUGGGGUUCGGCUUAUCUUCUGCUUGUGACACCCUCAUCUCUCAGACGUACGGUAGCCAGAACCUGAAGUAUGUGGGGGUCAUCCUGCAGAGGAGCGUGCUCAUCCUGCUCCUCUGCUGCCUGCCCUGCUGGGCGCUCUUCCUCAACACCCAGCACAUCCUGCUGCUCUUCCGGCAGGACCCUGACGUGUCCAGGCUGACCCAGACCUACGUCAUGGUCUUCAUUCCAGCUCUUCCUGCAACCUUUCUUUAUAUGUUACAAGUUAAAUAUUUGCUCAACCAGGGAAUCGUACUGCCCCAGAUUGUAACCGGACUUGCAGCCAACCUUGUCAAUGCCCUCGCCAACUAUCUGCUUCUCCAUCAACUGCAUCUUGGGGUGAUAGGCUCUGCACUGGCAAAUAUGAUUUCACAGUUCACCCUGGCUCUAUUGCUCUUUCUCUACAUCCUUGGGAAGAAACUGCACCAAGCUACAUGGGGAGGGUGGUCCCUCGAGUGCCUGCAGGACUGGGCUUCCUUCCUCCACCUGGCCAUCCCCAGCAUGCUCAUGCUGUGCAUCGAGUGGUGGGCCUACGAGGUCGGCAGCUUCCUGAGCGGUAUUCUCGGCAUGGUGGAGCUGGGAGCUCAGUCCAUUGUGUAUGAACUGGCUGUGAUCGUGUACAUGAUCCCUUCGGGCUUCAGCGUGGCCGCCAGCGUCCGGGUGGGAAACGCGCUGGGCGCCGGAGACCCCGAGCAGGCCCGCAAGUCCUCGGCCGUGGCGCUGCUGGUCACAGCGCUCUUUGCUGUGACAUUUUGUGUCCUGCUGUUAUGCUGUAAGGAUCUUGUGGGGUACAUUUUCACUACUGACCGGGAUAUCAUUGAUCUGGUGGCUCAGGUGGUUCCAAUUUAUGCUGUCUGCCACCUCUUUGAGGCUCUUGCUUGCACUUGCGGUGGCAUUCUGAGGGGAAGUGGAAAUCAGAAGGUUGGAGCCAUUGUGAACGCCAUCGGCUACUACGUGGUUGGCCUCCCCAUCGGGAUUGCGCUGAUGUUUGCGACCAAGCUGGGAGUGAUUGGUUUGUGGGCGGGGAUGAUCAUCUGUGUGGUCUCUCAAGCUGUGUGUUUUCUAGCCUUUAUUGUUCGGCUAAACUGGGAAAAAGCCGGUCAACAGGCUCAAGUACAUGCCAACUUGAAAGUAAAUGUGGCUGAGAACAGGAACUCUGCCCUCUCUCCAGAUGCACUGUGUCCAGGGGGCCCUGAAAACCAUGAAGGAAUUUUAAUGGAAGAUAUUGGGAAAAAAGGCCAGACUCAGUGGAAUCAGCAGAUGCACCAAGAAGAACCUUUGCCAGUCCAUCCAAAGGACGGCACUAGGUUAUCUGGAAAACAGCUGGUGAUGCGGCGAGGGCUUUUCCUCCUGGGAGUUAUUUUAAUCUUGCUGCUGGGGAUUUUUGUGAAAUUAUAUGUCAGAAUUGAGUGACAUGACAAGAGAGAAAGUCACUUCCAAUCAUACUUUUGAGCUUACAAACAAAUAGGCCCAGCAGUGACAAUUCAUUUUCAGCAAACGUAAUUCAGCUAUGCCCAUGGACUUUAAGAAUUGGGAAUUCAAAGAUAUAUUUUUCUUGUAACCCACCACCACGAGUCCACUUGCUCAAGGUUUCUUGGGAUUGGCUCCAGGUCACGGUCCUCAAACUUGACUUAGAAUAAACCCCUUCAAAUUAAAAAAAAAAA